AUGGAUGACCAAGGAAAUGGACGACGAGCUCAAGGGGAAAUGGCCCCUAAUAAUGGUCAAAAUGCAGUGAUUAUGGCGGAUGAUAGAGAUCAAAUCAUCCGACACUACGCAGCACCUCUUUUCAAUGAGCUCAAUCCGGGCAUUGUGAGGCCAGAAAUUCAAGCUCCACAGUUUGAGUUGAAGCCAGUUAUGUUCCAGAUGCUUCAAACUGUGGGACAGUUUAGUGGCAUACCCACCGAAGAUCCUCACCUUCACCUUCGUCUGUUUAUGGAGGUGAGUGAUUCUUUCAAAUUGCCCGGAGUUACGGAGGAUGCCUUGAGGUUAAAGUUGUUCCCCUAUUCUUUGAGAGAUCAAGCCCGAGCUUGGUUGAACUCCUUGCCUUCUGCGUCGGUUACAACUUGGCAAGAAUUAGCGGAGCGGUUUUUGAUGAAGUAUUUUCCUCCCACUAAGAAUGCCAAGCUCCGGAAGGAAAUAACUUCCUUUCAACAAUUUGAAGAUGAGUCUUUGUAUGAGGCAUGGGAGAGGUUCAAGGAGUUGUUGCAGAAAUGUCCUCACCAUGGUAUCCCUCAUUGCAUCCAAAUGGAAACAUUUUACAACGGUCUCAAUGCUCAUACUCGAAUGGUGGUUGAUGCUUCGGCAAAUGGUGCUUUACUUGCCAAGUCCUAUAAUGAGGCCUAUGAUAUUAUUGAGAGAAUUUCCAACAACAAUUAUCAGUGGCCCACUACUAGAGUACCUUUGGGGAAGAAGGUUGCCGGUGUUCUUGAAGUUGAUGCCAUUACUGCUUUAUCUGCCCAAGUUGCUUCUAUGUCAAAUAUGAUCAAAAAUAUGAGCAUGGGUCAACAAAUGGGUCAACAGAAUGUUUCCUCACAUGUGGGACAACUUGAGGAGGCUUCUUGUGUUUUUUGUAGUGAGGCUCAUACCUUUGACAAUUGCCCAUUCAAUCCUGCAUCUGUGUUUUACAUGGGAAGUCAGAAUGCCUACAACCAAACAUACAAGCAACACCCAACCUUGCAUACAGAAAUCAAGGGGUUGGUACUAGUAAUUCAUCUAUGCUUCCUAGAUCCAACUUUCCUCCUGGUUUUUCUCAACAAGCCUUUCAACAAAGACAACAACAAGGUGUCCAAACAAGUUCUCUUGAGAGUAUGA